AUGGCUGGGGCAAGACGGGGCGAGGAGACAAGAAGAAGAAGAAGAAGAAGAAGAAGAAGAAGAAGAAGAAGAAGAAGAAGAAGAAGAAGAAAGAAGAAGAAGAAGAAGAAGAAGAAGAAGAAGAAGAAGAAGAAGAAGAAGAAGAAGAAGAAGAAGAAGAAGAAGAAGAAGAAGAAGAAGAAGAAGAAGAAGAAGAAGAAGAAGAAGAAGAAGAAGAAGAAGAAGAAGAAGAAGAAGAAGAAGAAGAAGAAGAAGAAGAAGAAGAAGAAGAAGAAGAAGAAGAAGAAGAAGAAGAAGAAGAAGAAGAAGAAGAAGAAGAAGAAGAAGAAGAAGAAGAAGAAGAAGAAGAAGAAGAAGAAGAAGAAGAAGAAGAAGAAGAAGAAGAAGAAGAAGAAGAAGAAGAAGAAGAAGAAGAAGAAGAAGAAGAAGAAGAAGAAGAAGAAGAAGAAGAAGAAGAAGAAGAAGAAGAAGAAGAAGAAGAAGAAGAAGAAGAAGAAGAAGAAGAAGAAGAAGAAGAAGAAGAAGAAGAAGAAGAAGAAGAAGAAGAAGAAGAAGAAGAAGAAGAAGAAGAAGAAGAAGAAGAAGAAGAAGAAGAAGAAGAAGAAGAAGAAGAAGAAGAAGAAGAAGAAGAAGAAGAAGAAGAAGAAGAAGAAGAAGAAGAAGAAGAAGAAGAAGAAGAAGAAGAAGAAGAAGAAGAAGAAGAAGAAGAAGAAGAAGAAGAAGAAGAAGAAGAAGAAGAAGAAGAAGAAGAAGAAGAAGAAGAAGAAGAAGAAGAAGAAGAAGAAGAAGAAGAAGAAGAAGAAGAAGAAGAAGAAGAAGAAGAAGAAGAAGAAGAAGAAGAAGAAGAAGAAGAAGAAGAAGAAGAAGAAGAAGAAGAAGAAGAAGAAGAAGAAGAAGAAGAAGAAGAAGAAGAAGAAGAAGAAGAAGAAGAAGAAGAAGAAGAAGAAGAAGAAGAAGAAGAAGAAGAAGAAGAAGAAGAAGAAGAAGAAGAAAAAAAAAAAAAAAAAAAAAAAAAAAAAAAAAAAAAAAAAACGUCACGCGCGCAGGGUGCGCGGCAGGCAGAAGACGUCGCGCACUCGAGGCUCGCGACAGGGCAUUUUACCCUUGGAAAAAGAUCACUUGCUUUAA